AUGUGGUUAUUUUGUCAUAAAUUAAAUGCUAAUGGUGAUCUUGAAAGACACAAGGCUCGUUUGGUUUGUAAUGGUAAAUCGCAGGUUGAAGGUGUUGAUUGUGACGAAACUUUUAGUCCGGUGGUAAAACCGGCUACCAUUUGUACUGUGUUGAGUUUGGCUAUGGCUUAUGGGGUUGUCAUUGCUAAAAGUGAUAAUUCUAUAUUCAUAUUCCAGCAUGGGAAUGAUAUUAGCAUACUUGCUAUUAUAUUUACUCGUACUCCAUCAUAUCUGUUUUUAUCUCAGCAAAAAUAUGCACAGGAAAUUUUAGAGCGUGAAGUGACUCCAGUGGAUACUCAAUCCAAACUUAGUGCAGAAACUGGACCUAAAUUUCAUGAUCCAACACUUUAUCGCAGUCUUGCAGGUGCUUUACAGUACCUCGCUUUUACUCGCCCUGAUAUAGCUUAUGCAGUUCAGCAGGUUUGUCUAUUCAUGCAAGAUCCUAGAGAGGCUCACUUUGAUGCAUUGAAACGCAUCCUACGAUACAUUCAGGGUACCAUUGAUCACAGGUUACAUUUAUAUCCUUCAUCUCCUACAAACUUGAUCACUUAUAUUGAUGUUGAUUGGGGCGGGUGCUCGGACACUCAUCAGUCGACCUCGAGUUAUUGUUGCUUUCUAGGGGACAAUAUUUUUUGUUGGUCUUCAAAGCGUCAGCAUACUCUUUCUAAAUCAUGUACAGAGGCAGAAUACAGGGGCGUUGCAAAUGUUAUUGCUGAGACUUGUUGGCUUCGUAAUCUUCUUUUGGAGUUACAAUGUCCUCUUCGCAGGCUACUAUUGUUUAUUGUGAUAAUGUCAGUGCAAUUUAUUUAUCUCAUAAUCCCGUACAGCACCAACGCACCAAGCACGUUGAAAUGGAUAUUCACACUACAAGAAAACAGCUGA